UUAUCAUGUCGAAACCAAUUACCUUUGUCACUGGGAACGCCAAGAAGCUGGAGGAAUUGGUUGCCAUCUUGGGCCCCAGUUUUCCGCGCACAAUUGUCUCUAAAAAGAUUGAUCUGCCGGAAUUGCAGGGUGACAUCAAUGAGAUUGCCAUCAAGAAGUGCAAGGAGGCGGCGCGUCAGGUGAAUGGACCCGUCCUGGUGGAGGACACCAGUCUGUGCUUCAAUGCCUUAGAAGGCCUCCCGGGUCCCUACAUCAAGUGGUUCCUGGAGAAGCUGCAGCCGGAGGGAUUGCAUCGCUUGCUAACCGGCUGGGAGGACAAAUCCGGCCAGGCCAUCUGCACCUUUGGCUAUUGCGAGAGUGCGGAUGCAGAGCCCCUAAUCUUCAAGGGCAUCACCGAGGGCCUUAUCGUCGAGCCUCGCGGUCCCCGGGACUUUGGAUGGGAUCCGGUUUUCCAGCCCAAGGGCUAUGAUAAGACCUACGCCGAGUUGCCCAAAUCCGAGAAGAACACCAUUUCGCAUCGCUAUCGGGCUUUGGCUCUUCUGCAGGAGCACUUUGAGAAGCAGGACAAGCUAAUAAACUAGGACUCAAUUUAUUUAAA